AUGAAGAAUCCAGGGCUUUGCUUUUGUCGGGUGCCAAAAAUUGUCACCAAUCAAGGGGAAGAAACCGAGAUUUUGUCCGCCGAAAGGCAAACUCGGUGGUUAGCUGCCAUUAGUCGAGCUGACUUGACGGAGAAAAUUCUAGAAAAUGACCGAGUUUGCGGUAUUCACUUUCAUUCGGGAAAAGCAGCACAAUUAUGGGAUCGAUCAAACCCAGACUGGGUUCCUAGUUUGCAUCUGGGGCACGACAAGCUAAAGGAAUCCGACGAGAGGAAAGAAAAACAACAACAAGAAAGAGCACAAAAGAUUACCGAGAGGAGAAAACGCGAAAGAGAACGUGAAGAGAAGGAAGCUAUGCAAAGGAAAGCUGUAAAGGUGAAUGAGCCUAGAGAGCGAAUAAGAGAUAUUUAUAUGGUAAAUGAAGAAGAAACUUUUGGAGAAACCAGAGAGGAAGACAAAGAAGAGAAAGCAAGCGUUGAAAACAUUGCCUCAACACAGAUCGAUCCAGAGGGUUACAGCCGAUCGUGCAGCACUCAGACGGAGGAGUGUGACUUCAUGUUUAGAACACAAAAAACGUGGCUGCCUCAGAAAUCCACUGCUUUUGAAGAAGAUUACUUUGAAGGAGAUAAUGAGAAAACCAUCGAACUUAUUGGCAAGGGCCCAAACAUUUUCUUCAUAUAA